UAAAGAAAAUACAAAAAACGAGAACGGAAGAUGAAAGAAGAGAAAGUAAAGAAAAGAAGACCCCCUCGAAGCCCUAACUCCAAAAUCUCGCGAUAAAUCGAAAAUUCCCAAACCUGCAACUUCCGUUUAUCUCUCUCCUUCCCUGUGUCUGCAUACAGGUUAACAGGGCAUUUCCUUCAUCAGCAUGGUACGAGAAAAGGAUGUUUGUUGGGAAUAUGCAGAGAAGUUAGAUGGAAACAAGGUGAGAUGCAAAUUUUGCCUUAGAGUUUUAAAUGGUGGCAUUAGUAGAUUGAAGCAUCAUUUAUCCCGGCUUCCCAGUAAAGGUGUAAAUCCAUGUAGCAAAGUUAGGGAUGAUGUUACUGAUAGAGUGAGGGCCAUAAUAUCAUCAAAAGAAGAUGGGAAAGAAACUUCUAGUGCUAAGAAGCAAAGAGUAGCAGAAGCUAAAUCUCCUGGAAAUUACUCUGCAAUUAAAGCUCUCAUGUCUGUAGAGACACCAUCACCAAUUGCAAAAAUUUUCCCACCAAUCACUCACAUGGGUCCUUCCUCAUCAAAUGAUGGAGAAAAUGCGGAGAGGAGUAUUGCUCUGUUCUUUUUUGAAAAUAAGCUAGACUUUAGUGUUGCUCGUUCUUCAUCCUAUCAGCUAAUGAUAGAAGCAGUAUCAAAGUGCGGUCAUGGAUUUAGAGGCCCAUCUGCAGAAAUCCUGAAGACUACAUGGUUGGAAAGGAUUAAGUCUGAAGUGAGCCUACAGUCAAAAGACAUUGAGAAGGAGUGGGCUACCACAGGCUGUACCAUCAUUGCAGACACAUGGACAGACAAUAAAUCAAGAGCUUUGAUUAACUUCUUGGUUUCAUCACCCUCCAGAACCUUUUUCCAUAAAUCAGUGGACGCAUCCUCAUAUUUCAAAAACACAAAAUAUCUUGCUGAUUUAUUUGAUUCUGUUAUUCAAGAUUUAGGCCCUGAUAAUGUUGUGCAAAUAAUCAUGGAUAGCACUCUCAAUUAUACUGGUGUAGCUAGCCAUAUCGUGCAGAACUAUGGAACUGUGUUUGUGUCUCCCUGUGCUUCUCAGUGCUUGAAUCUGAUUUUAGAGGAUUUUUGUAAGAUAGAUUGGGUGAACAGAUGUAUACUGCAAGCACAGACUAUAUCAAAGUUUAUAUAUAAUAAUGCAUCAAUGCUUGAUCUAAUGAAGAAAUCCACUGGGGGACAAGAUCUCAUUAGGACUGGUAUAACAAAGUCUGUUUCCAACUUCCUCUCAUUGCAGUCUAUGUUGAAGCAGAGGCCAAGAUUGAAGCAUAUGUUUGGUAGCUCAGAAUAUUCUACAAACUCUUACUCAAAUAAACCACAAAACAUAUCUUGUAUUGCCAUUCUUGAAGACAAUGAUUUCUGGAGGGCAGUGGAAGAGUGUGUGGCGAUUUCUGAGCCCUUUCUGAAAGGGUUAAGGGAAGUUUCUGGAGGGAAACCUGCUGUGGGAUCUAUAUAUGAGCUAAUGACCAAGGCCAAGGAAUCAAUUAGGACAUACUAUAUUAUGGAUGAAAGUAAGUGCAAGGCAUUUUUAGAUAUAGUAGAUGGAAGGUGGCGGAACCAGCUCCAUUCACCUCUACAUGCAGCAGCAGCAUUUUUGAACCCUAGCAUCCAAUAUAAUCCAGAAAUCAAAUUUAUUGGAGCUAUAAAAGAAGACUUUUUCAAAGUUCUGGAGAAGCUUCUUCCAACAUCUGAUAUGAGACGUGACAUCACAAAUCAAAUUCUUUUGUUUACAAGGGCGACUGGGAUGUUUGGUUGUAACCUAGCAAGGGAAGCACGUGACACAGUCCCACCUGGGCUUUGGUGGGAACAAUUUGGCGAUUCUGCACCAGUGUUGCAACGAGUUGCCAUUAGAAUACUCAGUCAAGUUUGCAGCACUUCUACUUUUGAGAGGCACUGGAACACAUUCCAGCAGAUCCACUCUGAGAAGCGAAAUAAGAUUGAUAAAGAAACAUUAAAUGAUCUUGUGUAUAUAAAUUAUAAUCUCAAGUUGGCAAGACAAAUGAAAAUGAAGUCUUCAGAAGCUGAUCCUCUCCAAUUUGAUGACAUUGAUAUGACUUCAGAGUGGGUAGAGGAAACUGAAAACCCAAGCCCUACUCAGUGGCUUGAUCGGUUUGGUUCUGCUUUGGAUGGGAGUGACUUGAAUACAAGACAGUUUAAUGCAGCUAUAUUUGGUUCGAGUGACACCAUAUUUGGUCUGUGAUUGUGCAAACUUCCCUCAGUCCCUCAUGUAUUUUAUUCGAAAUGUGCUUCCAAAUCUUGUUUUCCCGGAUUCCCUCGUAGCAGGUGCUGUUCCUUAGACGGUUUCAUGCUCUUUAUUUUUGGUAGAGUAAUGAAAAAUGUAAUAGUAGAUAAUGUCUUGCAUUCUGUAGAUGACAGUGUAUACCUUGCAUGGAAAGCUUAUCAUUCAGUUCUACAA